AUGGCCAAGGGGGAUCGAAGAAAACGCGCAAGUCAGCUACAACAGCGGCUUCAAAAGCCAUCAUUAAAGCAAAUACUUUCAAUGAACAUUAAAGAUAUGCCACAACUUGUCAUGAGCUAUGCCGGACCAGAUAGUAUCGACAAGCAACAGGAUGUUAUUCAGUAUUGUCUUCAACAAAUACUUCAAGGCCCGCGUCCAGAUCCUGAGUGUACUCUUCAGCCACGCAUAGAACAAGUCCGUAUACUUCGGCGCAUGAUAUAUGGAUAUAGCGACACUUUAUUCAUUGCCAGAACUGGCUAUGGAAAGAGCCUUAUUCUUCAAUCCUAUACAAUUCUGACAGGAAAGAUAACCAUUCAACUGGUUCCUCUAAACAAGCUUGGUGAUCAGCAAACAAGAGAUAUAGCACGGUUUCCCGGUGCCAAUCCUUGUCUGGUCAGUGCUGAUAAUCUCCAGGGGCAAGAAGACUUACUCAAACGCAUUCAACAAGGUGAGUAUACACAUAUACUGCUCAGUCCAGAGCAAGCUCUUUGCAAGCGAUUUCAGCAUGUUCUUCAAGACCCUACUUUACAAGAAAAGAUUGGGCUUGUAGCUAUCGAUGAGUGUCAUCUUGUCACACAGUGGAGUCAAUUCCGUAGUCAGUUUGCCAGGCUGGGGCACCUGAGAUUGCUUCUUCGUGAGGAUAUUGUCUGGUUUGGCUGUUCCGCAACCCUCAGCAGUAAAGCUGAAGAUAUCAUUCUUCAAGAGGCUGGAUUUCGUUCUAUUGGUGUAAACCCACGGCAGACUCAGGUUAUUCGAACUUCCAUUAACCGUCCUGAUAUCUUUAUCGGCGUACAUCCGAUUCCACGCGGUAAACUUGUAUCCUAUGAUAUGUUAUAUUUUUUAUUGAACGAGGCCAUUGAUACAGAUGGAAAGAUCAUACCUCAACACAUUUUAAAGACCAUUGUCUUUAUUGACAGUCAUGUCAAGGUUCAACAAGCAGUGCAAUAUUUCCGAUCAAUACUUCUUCAGAUCUGUCAGAAUAACAGGCAGAAUGUCAACAAUACUGACACCUCUUUCAUCAAUGACACCAUUCAGCAUUUCACAUCUCGAGUGUCUGAAGUGGAUCAGAAUAUUCGCUUCGAGGAGUUCAUGAAACCUAAGUCAAUGGUAUCCAGAUCAGAAUCGUGA